CUCUGGUAAGUUCACUCUCAGAGAGCGCCAUGUUUACACUCUGGUAAGUUCACUCUCAGAGAGCGCCAUGUUUACACUCUGGUUGGUGGUGGUGGUGGUGGUGGUGAGUGGUGCUCGGGGCUACGACACACCCUCGUGCGACGGUCGACAAACGAUCGUUGAGCUUUUCGAAUGGAAAUGGACAGACGUGGCCGAGGAGUGCGAGAGGUUCCUGGGGGACGCCGGGUACUGCGCCGUCCAGGUCUCACCAGCAGCGGAACAUACAGUGAUCGCAGAGAACGGGUACCCAUGGUGGCAGCGAUCCCAACCAGUUUCAUACCACGGGAGUCCCGCUCAGCACAGCCAUGAGUUCAUGACAUGGUGCAGCGUUUGUAAUUGCUGUGGAUUUGGGUGUUGACCUGGCAGGGUCAUCGUGGACGUGGUGGUCAACCACAUGGCGGAGUUGGGAAGGUCAGGUUACGGUUCCGGCGGCACGACCUUCAAUGCUGACCAACUUGACUUCCCUGGUGUACCUUACACCAGCGUCGACUUCACCCCUCAAGACCUGUGUCCCUCUGCUGAUGGUAUUGUAGGCAACAACAGUGAUGUGUAUGAGGUGAGGAACUGCUACCUGUUGGGCCUCACUGACCUCUACACCUCCAGUUACCACGUCAGGGAACAGCUGGCUCACUACCUCAACCUCCUCCUAGACAUCGGAGUCAUGGGCUUCAGGGUGGAGGCCGCUAAGUAUGUCUGGCCUGGGACCCUGGAGGCCAUCCUGAGUCUGACCAAUAACCUGAAUACUGCAGAAGGAUUCCCCAGCGCAACACGACCAUUCAUCUAUCAUCAAAUAAACGACCAGGGCGGAGAACCAAUUUCUGUGAACGACUACUUCGGUAUAGGUCUCACCACGGAGUACCGCUACAGCGAGAAGAUUGCUGCGGGCGUGGACGACUUCGCUCUCUUGAACUAUGUUUACGACUCCGAGGAGGGGAUGGCGCCUCCUUACAAGGCUCUCGUCUUUGUUGACGACCACGACAAUCAGCGAGGCUACGGAAGUACAGGAGACGUUCUGACUUACAAGCAGAUUCGGGAAUACCAGAUGGGUGUAAGUUUUUCUCUGGCGUACGACUACGGCGUCGUGCGUCUCAUGAGCAGCUACGAUUUUGAUGACAAUGACCAGGGACCCCCAGACAGCAGCAGCAGCGGCGCCACCGACACCGUCCCCAUCAACGCUGAUGGCUCCUGCGGUGGUGGCUGGAUCUGUGAACACCGCUGGAACUCCAUCGUCCAGAUGGUCAUGUUCAGGAACGUUGUGGCUGGAACUCAAGUGGAGCUCUGGUACCAGGAGCACGAUAACGUAGCCUUCUCACGCGGACAACUGGGAUUCUUUGCCAUGUCGAAGUCGGGGUCACUUGACACGGUCCUCCAAACAGGGUUGCCGGCUGGGCUCUAUUGUGAGCUCAUCAGUAGCUGCACUAGGAAUGUCACGGUGGACACUGAUGGAACGGCUCGCAUCACCAUCAACGACUACCAGCUGCCUUUCAUCGCCUUUUGCGUCGGCUGUGGCACUGUUACCACCCCCAGCCCCGAUCAAACCACAACGGUGGUACCCACAACGCCCAUGACGACAGUGCCCACGACUAUGACCACGACAACUAUACCCACGACGACUACACCCUUAACAACGGAAUCCACCACUCCUCCAUUCGGCGGAAAGGUGAAGACGGUGAUCUUCCUUUACAAGCAAACAAACCCAGGUCAAGAUAUCUUCAUCAUCGGAGGCAUCGACAUCGCUCACCGCCCAGGAUGCACGUCCGACGCUGAGAGUGACGUAUGCGCUCUUGACAUCACCGUCAACAGCCUGGGGACGAACGUACACUACGACAGAUACAACGCCUGGAGGGCCGGGGAUACAAAGCUGGACUGGUAUGGUGCCCAGGCUGGUCAGGGUACAUACAAUGGACAGGUUGCCAGUGGUACCCCUCUUGUAUGGACCACGAGCAACUCUGGAGCCCCUGAAUACCAAGAGCUCAAUACGUACGGGGAUCACUACUGGAUGGUCGACAUGAUCAUGGACUGUGCCCAGACAGAUGAGGGUUGGUUCCACUUCAAGGCUUACCUCACCAACGCUGGCUCGGGCUGGGAAGAUGACAUCAACCAGGUGUCACCGUGCUCAGGUGAUGUGGGUGGCUCCGAGCCCUACGCUACCGUCUACCACACUGCUCGAUGUGGCUACCUCAACGUCUUCCAGUUCUCUGGCUCAUCGUGUAUGGUCAACGACCUGCCCUGAGGCGUUCAAGGCUCCGGAAGUGGCGACCUGGCCCAAGCCAGGUCGUCACAUUGGAUGCUUUAAGGACCCUUCAUGGGUAGAAACC